CACCAACCGUCCAAUCAGAGUGCGGGAUGCUGGGAAGCGUGUGUUUCUUGCUCGUGGUGCUAGCACCGUAGACGCGUGAGCGAGGAGACUAGCUUGAUAAAGAGGAAGGCAGUGACAUUUGGUCAUCAUGGAUGCAAGUAAAGGUAAAGGGGAUCAAACAAUGCCAAAUCCAGGUGGACAGAUGGGCAAACCUGUCGGAUUCCCCUUUAUGGAAAACAUGCUUCCCAAAGCAGUGAAGAGGCGAGUGCACGCCUUAAAGAGACUACAGGAACAGUGUGCUCACAUUGAGGCUAAGUUCUACGAAGAGGUUCACGAGCUAGAGAGAAAGUAUGCAACUCUGUAUCAGCCACUAUUUGAAAAGAGAAGAGAGAUUGUCACAGGAGCAGUUGAACCCACAGAUGAGGAGUGUGAAUGGCCUACUGAUGAGGAUGAAGAAGAGGAGCUUGCUGAGGAAGUAAAGGAAAAGGCUACCAUCGAGGAUGCAAAGAAGGAGGAAGCCACGCCAGAGGAAAACCCGAAAGGCAUCCCCGACUUCUGGCUCACCAUUUUCAAGAGUGUUGACAUGCUCAGUGACAUGGUGCAGGAACAUGAUGAACCCAUCCUAAAGCACCUGAGAGAUAUUCAAGUAAAGUUUUCUGAACCAGGACAGCCAAUGAGUUUUACAUUAGAGUUCCACUUUGAGCCCAAUGGCUAUUUCAACAACGCAGUCCUUACUAAAGUCUACAAGAUGAAAUCAGAGCCUGAAGCAUCAGAUCCUUUCUCAUUUGAGGGCCCAGAGAUCAUUGACUGUGAAGGAUGUCAGAUAGAUUGGCACAAGGGGAAGGAUGUGACAGUGAAAACUAUAAAGAAGAAGCAGAAGCAUAAAGGUCGCGGCACGGUCCGCACUGUUACCAAACAGGUUCCCAAUGACUCGUUCUUCAACUUUUUUAAUCCUGUCAAAGCUUCACCAGACGGAGAAAUGGAUGAAGACUCUGAGCUCAACCUGGCCACAGACUUUGAGAUCGGUCAUUUCUUCCGUGAGAGAAUAGUUCCCAGAGCAGUGCUUUACUUUACUGGCGAGGCUCUGGAAGAUGACGAGAGCUUUGAAGAGGAGGAACUGGAAGAGGGAGAUGAAGAGGAACAAGAUGAGGAGGGUGAUGACGAUGACGAAGAGGGAGAUACUGACCCCAAGGCAUAAUCAAUCAUUCUCACUCCAUGCAUUUCUAGAAAGAACAGCCUCAACCUGCCGAAUGCAAACAGCAGUAACCGUGAUGAUCAGGGGAGGUGGAGACCUGCUGCCCAUAAAAUCUGUCCUCAGCCUGUCCAUCAGACCUCCUACUGCUGCAGGCUCCACUCUUUUACAAACUCUCAUCGGAACGCAAUAGAACCCAAACCUAUGUUUUUACUAUGUGCAUGACUUCUUUUUCUACAGUCUUGCAGCAUCUCACCCUGUUUAUUUGGCUUCAUUUGUCAUCACAGCCAGAAUCAACUCUUAAUAAAUUACCAUGGUAUCACAUAGGUACAGUCUUUUUCUUCUAUUGAGUUAGGUGUCUGCUUAAAACUCAGAGCAUUAUAUAGAGGAAGAUCGGAAAGGAAUCGCUUGCAACUUUAUUUUUCAUGGAAAUAGGUCAACUACUCAGGGGUUUUUAAUGCCAACAAGCAAAUUGAGUUUACUAGGAAACUGCUGAUCAAGUUCAUAAUCUAUCACUGGGGUUGUUUUUCUUUAUUUUAUUUUUUUUUUCGUAUAAUUUCUUAAGACAUCCAAUGUACCAUUUUUAUUUUAAUUUACUGUUUUACAUGUUCAUUGUUUUGUCAUUGGACUAUUUAUUGUGGUGUCAUGCAGCUGGAUGUGACUUCAUGGUGAGGGAAUGCUUCAAGGCAUUAAAAGGCUAAUUAUAAUUGGCUUAAAUCCCCCUUUCAGACACUGAGAAGUGUUUUUUGUUUUCCUUUCAACAAAACAUAAAUAAUGCCAAUCUGCAUCUGUUUAUAUCUGCUCACUUCUGCCUUGCAUAGCUGGGCAUAACAAGCAUUUAAGCUGAGCACAAUGCUAAACAGGGCAGAUAUGUAGGUACAGCUCUAAAACUAUCGUACAUUUCUCUUUGCUGUUUACCCCUUCAACCCUGAAAUGCUCUUAGAACUGAUGCCAUGGAUGGAAAAGUGUGACAAAGGCACAUUUUUCUUUAUAUUUUCAGAUUUCAGAUGGUUGGAUAUUGUAAGCUUAAACAUGAUAUGUAUUAAAGACUUCAGAGUUCAUAGAUGAAAGCAGACUGACUUAACUUUUUGUAAUGAUUUUAUGAAAUAGCUUCUUUAUGCAUCUUAUUCCUAACAAAUUUCAGAAUGAGUAAUGUGGUAGUGCAGGAAGCUUGGAUCAAAGUUCUGUUGCCAAGAAGCCAAAUGUAAAGACAAACCAUGUGGACUUUUAAAAUCGUUUGCUAGUUGAAUAAUGUAAUCUAAUACAACAUUUAAAGUUGUUAAACUGCAUAUAUACACACUUUUUUUUGUUUAAUGGUUCGGUGGAAAUAUUCAUGGAACAGGGUGCCAAUGUAUGUUCUCCUCUGCACAUGGUUUUUGGCUUAUUUAUUUGGACACAUUUGCCUGAUGACUGUUCAUCGAUAGUAGUAACAGCAUUCCCCAUCGUCUCCCCUUCCCUCUUUUUGAAAAGAACGAUUGUACUUCUCAUCCAGAUGGUUCUCUCAAAGGCCACGGUUCACAUUUUCGAAUCCCAUCAAACCGUGCGCUAGUGAUGGCCUUAACUGGUUCUUAUUCACAGUUUGUUACUUGCGCAAUGUUUCUUUUCAAUUUGUACAGAGUUAGUUAAAAUAUUCUAUUAAAGUUGUGCGACAUGGUGGUGA